CCAAAAUUUCACACACAUCCACCCCACCUCCCUUUCUCAAUCUUUUUCCAAACCCAAACAAACUCCCAUUUCAUCUCGCCGCUACUUUUUUCCAAUUUUCACGAAAGCAAAACCCACAUCACCAUAAACUAAGAACACCCUCAAUCAAAUCAAAAAACAACUUUCUUCUCCAAACUGAAUGCAUGACACAGAUACAAUUGAUCGUAAUCAUAUCAGUAUCAUGGACAGCACCGAUUCAUCUUCAGGCUCUCAGCACCCACACCUCCCUCCUGGCUUUCGCUUCCACCCCACCGACGAAGAACUCGUCGUUCACUACCUCAAGAGAAAAGCUUCUUCUACACCCCUUCCCGUCGCCAUCAUCGCCGACGUUGAUCUCUACAAGUUCGACCCUUGGGAGCUCCCAAGUAAAGCAACUUUUGGUGAACAGGAGUGGUACUUUUUCAGCCCGAGGGAUCGGAAAUACCCAAAUGGGGUUAGACCCAACAGAGCUGCUACUUCUGGGUAUUGGAAAGCAACCGGAACUGACAAACCUAUACUAACAUCUGAUGGGCACCAGAAAGUUGGAGUUAAGAAAGCACUUGUUUUCUACGGCGGAAAGCCUCCGAAAGGGGUUAAAACCAAUUGGAUCAUGCAUGAAUAUAGGCUUGUUCAUGAUUCCUUUAAUUCAACCUCAAAACCCCCUCCUCUUGUUCCUCCAAACAAGAAAAAUUCCCUCAGGCUUGAUGACUGGGUGUUGUGUCGAAUAUACAAGAAAAGCAACAGCAGCACCGUAACAAGGCCACCCUUGAUGGAGCAUGGAGAGGAGCUUUCAAUGGAGAACAUGCUUCCAACGAUGUCAACUUUGUCAAUGGCUAAUAACAAUACUCAAAACUCUAAACCUCCAUCUUCGAGGAGUACGAGUUAUGGAGCACUGGGACUUGAAAAUGAUGACAACUUCUUCGAUGGAAUCUUAGCCGUUGAUCAUCAGAGCAUGCAAAGUGGUUCUGAUUCUCACCUUUUCUCUCCAAACUCAAAGGGUACCAACUUUCCUAUGAAACGUGCUCUCACAUCACAACAACUUUGGAACGAGACAGGGUCUCCGGGGUCAUCUUCUUCAUGUAAGCGAUUCCAUGGUGAUCUUAACAGUGGAAGCAGCAACGCUGAGGACAAUGAUUCCUUUGUUUCCUUGCUUAGCCAGUUUCCUCAGAACGCAACUUUUCAACCAAACGCGAUUCAUGCCUCCGUUGGGAAUGGUGUGCAGAGGCAACAACAGUUUCAUCUUCCUGGUAUAAAUUGGAACUGAUCCAUGGUUAAUAUUGUGGUUUAGCUUAGAUUACACACACCUGAUGAAAAAAUGUCACACCAUUAUAUUUAGCACUUUAUGUUGGUCUUAGUAUUUUUCACUUGUAAUCAUAACAUGCAGAAAAUACGAAGAUAUCAGGCUUUAGAAAUA